AAUCAAAGAGAAGAAGGGUUAAUGAUAAGGUCAGCAAGUAAAGCCAAUGCCCAUGAUUUAGCCAUUCUUGAAUAAAUAGUACAAGUUGUGAUAAAACAUUGUAUGUAAUCCAUUGCCAUAUCCUAACUUGAAGCACUUUCUGCCAAGUUCUGCUGUCCUAGAACUUCUGAAAAUCCAAAUAAUCAGGCUGGGGACAAGAAAUAAGAGGAUAACAUGUCUACCAUUAUUUGCUGAGCUGUGGGCUAUAUAUAUAUAUUAAGGAAGGCUACAAUAAGAAGACACUGCACCAAUUAUUCUCAUCUUUUCAAUUGUAUAGAUUGAAGAGAAGGAGUAAAAUAGAUAACAAAGACCAAGGUGAGAUCAGGAAUGGAUUCCCUUCUGAUCGUCUUAAUUUCCCAGUCUUGAUUGUAGUUUUCCCUGUUGCUUAGCACAUAAGCUAACUCCAAAAUAGUUAAAAUAAAGUGCAGAUAGUAACAAAAGUGAGAGCUAGCCAUGAACAUGGACUUGGAAGCAAGGGAAAAGAAGGAGAUUGAGAGAGAGGACAUGGAAGAAGAGACCAUUGAAUCCGAUGGUUCACUGGGGAGAAUUGAGGCAUGGACCGAGCAGCUGACAGUAAGAGGAGUCAUUGCAAGCACAGUGAUUGGAACGGUGUACAGUGUGAUAGCCAUGAAGCUAAACCUGACAACUGGGAUUACUCCUAACCUCAAUGUCUCUGCUGCUCUUCUCGCUUUCGUGUUCAUCAGGACAUGGACAAACCUGCUCUCGAAAGCUGGAUAUGUAUCGAAACCCUUCACUAGGCAAGAGAACACUAUGAUACAAACAUGUGCAGUUGCAUGUUAUAGUAUUGCUGUUUCAGGUGGAUUUGGAUCUUAUCUCUUGGGAUUAAACAGGAAGACAUAUGAGUUAUCAGGGGUAAAUACUGAGGGAAACUCUGCAAGUGCUGUAAAGGAACCUGCGCUUGGUUGGAUGACUGGCUUUCUUUUCCUAGUUUGCUUUGUUGGACUUUUUGUCUUAAUUCCUCUUAGGAAGGUAAUGAUAGUGGACUUGAAAUUGACUUAUCCAAGUGGUUUGGCAACUGCUGUUCUUAUCAAUGGUUUCCAUACUCAAGGAGAUAAGAUGGCCAAGAAGCAAGUCCACGGGUUCAUGAAGUACUUUUCGGUCAGCUUCUUAUGGGGAUUUUUCAAGUGGUUUUAUGAGGCCUCAGAAAACUGUGGAUUCUCACAAUUCCCCACAUUCGGAUUGAAAGCUUGGAAAAACACAUUCUACUUUGAUUUUAGCACGACUUUUGUUGGAGCAGGCAUGAUAUGCUCCCAUCUAGUGAACCUGUCUUUGCUACUUGGAGCUGUGCUCUCUUUUGGAGUAAUGUGGCCACUAAUUGGUCAGCUUAAAGGAAAUUGGUUCCCUGAGAGUUUAGAGGAAUAUGAUAUGAAGAGUUUAUAUGGUUACAAGGUAUUUCUAUCUGUUUCUCUAAUCCUUGGUGAUGGUCUUUACAAUUUCAUCAAGAUAAUGUUGUCAACCAUUGUUAAUAUUCAUGACAGAUUGAAAAACAGGAACCUUCCAGAUGAGGAUGGCAAGUUGAAUCCCACUGAAGAGAAGCAAAAUGAAAUAUUUAUAAGAGAAAAAAUUCCAAUGUGGGUUGGAGUUGCUGGAUAUGUUGUCUUCUCCAUCGUUUCUAUUAUAGCGAUCCCCAUGAUGUUCCCCGAACUCAAAUGGUAUUAUGUAGUCGUAGCCUACAUGCUUGCUCCAUCCCUUGCCUUCUGCAAUGCUUAUGGAGCUGGUCUUACUGACAUAAACAUGGCCUACAAUUAUGGAAAAGUUGCUCUUUUUCUGCUAGCGGCAUUAACAGGGAAAGAACACGGCGUGGUGGCAGGGCUAGCUGGAUGUGGUGUCGUAAAAUCGGUUUGUUCCGUGGCUUGUAAUCUGAUGCAAGAUCUCAAGACAGCGCAUCUAACUUUCACCUCUCCUAGAGCAAUGUUUGUGAGCCAAGCCAUUGGCACCCUAAUAGGCUGUUUAACAGCUCCUCUCAGUUUCCUCUUGUUCUACAAGGCAUUUGACGUGGGAAACCCAAAUGGAGAAUUCAAAGCUCCUUAUGCCUUGAUCUACAGAAACAUGGCAAUUCUAGGUGUUGAAGGCUUCUCGGCUCUGCCUCGGCAUUGCGUGCAGCUCUGUUAUGGGUUCUUUGCUUUUGCAGUGAUGGUCAACCUAAUUAGAGAUUUUUCACCGCCAAAGAUUGGGAAGUGGAUGCCGCUACCUAUGGUCAUGGGUGUGCCAUUUCUAGUCGGGGCAUACUUUGCCAUUGAUAUGUUCACGGGGAGUGUUAUCGUAUUUGCAUGGCACAGGCUUGACAGCAAGAAUGCUGGGAUGAUGGUUCCUGUUGUUGCUUCUGGUUUAAUUUGUGGAGAAGGGCUGUGGACUCUUCCUGCUUCAGUUCUUGCUCUGGCCAAAGUAAAACCCCCCAUCUGCAUGAAAUUUUUGGGUUCCUAGAGUAGGCUUUAUAAAUUUGGUCACUGAGAAAUGGGCAAUAACACUAAAGCGAUAUACAUGAAAGGGUAGAAUUGUAUCAAGUUUUUAUCUCAUACUAGACAGUAAUAAAAGUUCACCUUGUCACUAUCCACUUUGGUCGGUGAUUGACCACCACUUAGCACUAUUAAUCAAAAUCUUUUCCAUCUUGUUUGAUGGGGUACACAGUAGUUGAUGCAAUCAAAUUGAUAAAGAAAAAUCGAAGAGAAUGAGUUUGAGAUUUUGGAAUAUCCAUCAACAAGCAAUCCCGAUGAAAUGCAAGUAUUUCGGGGUACAGAUAUGACAUUGGAAAUAGAAAAGGAAGAAGCAAAUGCUAAAUGAACCUUAUCCUAAAAAACCUUCUCUGAUUCUGUAGAUAAAAAUUCUAUUCAACGCGUCCACAGUUUACAAUAUACAUAUUUUAUUUGAACAAGCCGUUGUUGAU